CAACCGUGGCGCCAUGAUGCCGCCAGUGACUCACUCGUGUUAAAAUUCUGGGAAUGUUGUUCUGCCGCUGUUUUCUUCACACAAGUUAACGCUGGUUUAGUUGUAGAGACCAGAAAAAAAGCAAAAGUCAUCAAGCUAUCCACACGGGCAGUUGUGAAUGGAGUGAGCGAACGUUUAGUGGCAUUCGUACCUCGCCCGCGCAACGCUGGCGGCUCCACCCCCGCUCACCAUGGAGAUUACGACACAGAACAGCCAGAUGGUGAACAUCGCCAACAGCACGCCAACGUCGGCCGACGCGUGCAUGAGCAUCGUGCAUUCGCUGAUGUGUCACCGCCAGGGCGGCGAGUCGGAGAGUUUCGCGAAGCGCGCCAUCGAGAGCCUCGUGAAGAAGCUGAAGGAGAAGCGUGACGAGCUGGACAGCCUCAUCACGGCGAUCACGACCAACGGCCAGCACCCGAGCAAGUGCGUGACGAUCCAGCGCACGCUAGAUGGACGCUUGCAGGUGGCCGGCAGGAAGGGCUUUCCGCACGUCGUGUACGCGCGGCUGUGGCGCUGGCCCGACCUGCACAAGAACGAGCUGAAGCACGUCAAGUUCUGCCAGUACGCGUUCGACCUGAAGUGCGAUAGCGUCUGCGUGAAUCCGUACCACUACGAGCGCGUCGUCUCGCCCGGCAUCGACCUGUCCGGUCUCACGCUGCAGCACACGUCGCCGCCGCAGCGUCUCGUCAAGGAUGAGUUUUCGCACGAGUGCGUCACGGUCGACGGCUCGCAGGCGGGUCCGCUCGGAAUGAUGAUGGACGCCGCUGGGCCAUCGACGUCCACCUCCACCGUGCAGCAUCCUCCGCAGCAGCAGCAGCAUCCUCCUCCUCCUCCUCUGCAGCAGCCGCCGCCGCCGCAGCAGCAGCAGCCGUCGUCACAGCAGCAGCAGCAGCAGCAGCAGCAGGCGGGUUUGUCGAGUAUCGAGCACUUCCCGAUCUCGUCGCCACCCGGCCCGAUGCUGUCACCAGGGCCUCUGACGGUUGUCUCACACUCCCAGUCAGGCGUGGGACCGGUUCACCAGCCUACCCCAUCUGCAGCAGGGUCACAGGGUCACCACAUCAACGCGCCCACCCCGCAGCCAGACGCGAUUGGUCCGCGACCGGAUGGCUUCACCCUUCCUCCCCAGGUCACACCCGGACCCCAGAGUCCUUCCAGCUUCAGUCAGUCUAGCAUCAUGUCGCCGCUGUCGCCCCUGUCGCCGCACUUCCAGCCUGUCGAAAGCUUCGGUGGCAUCAUGCAGCCCCCGAAGCCACUGCCGGCCCCGCAGCAGCAGCAGCAGCCGGCACCACCGCCGCCGGCACCCCCUGCGGUCCAGCCUGCGCAGUCCUCGCAGCAGCCACCACCGCCGCCUGCACAGCCACCGCAGCCGCCGCCAUCACAGCCACAGCAGCAGUGCGACAUGGCAAGCAUAACGUCGUCUGGACCCAUGUGGCCAUCGUCAGGGAGCAGUACUCCCUCCUACACGCAGAGUGUUCGAUCAACCCAACCCUAUUACUGGCAGCAGAACGAGAAUCAGCUGCACCACGACAUGAAUCUGCAGCGAUCGGUUUCGGCGCAUCCCAGCCGGCCUGAGUACUGGUGCACCAUUGCUUACUUUGAGCUGGACGUACAGGUUGGCGAGACGUUCAAAGUUCCAUCCAGUAUUCCGUCGGUGACCGUUGAUGGUUACGUCGAUCCAUCCAGCUUAGACAGAUUCUGCCUCGGUGCACUGUCCAACGUACAUCGCACUGAGCAGAGCGAGAAAGCCAGACUUCACAUAGGGAAGGGCGUUCAGCUGGAGUGUAGAGGCGAGGGAGACGUGUGGGUGCGGUGCCUGAGCGACCACAGCGUGUUCGUGCAGAGCUACUACCUGGACAGAGAGGCUGGCCGCGCGCCGGGAGACGCCGUGCACAAGAUCUACCCGAACGCUUUCAUCAAGGUGUUCGACCUUCGUCAGUGUCACCGACAGAUGCAGCAGCAGGCGGCGACCGCGCAGGCGGCGGCGGCAGCGCAGGCGGCGGCGGUUUCUGGCAACGUUCCUGGCCCAUCUAGUGUUGGCGGGAUCGCUCCAGCAAUCGGUAAGGGUCUGUCGGCGGCGGCAGGGAUCGGCGUCGACGACCUGCGGCGUCUGUGCAUCCUGCGGCUGAGCUUCGUGAAGGGCUGGGGCCCCGACUACCCGCGGCAGAGCAUCAAGCAGACGCCAUGUUGGGUCGAGAUACACCUGCACCGCGCGCUGCAGCUACUGGAUGAGGUGCUGCACACGAUGCCCAUCCACGGCCCGCGGCCCGUCGACUGAUAGGGGGCGCCGCUGCACGCACAGAUUUGUUGUGAAUAAGCAGAAGGGGGGUGGGCGAUCUUCGAGAGUAAACGGAAGACUUGUAAAGCUGGACGAGGGCUGAUGAAAAACAGCACCCUCUAGUGGCCAGCAGGAGGCGCGGGGGUCGCGUCCGACACCGGCGGUGACGACAAGGAGCAUGCGGCGACGAACCAAGAGAGCGUGGAUCGUCGUGCGGGGACAACGCAAGCGAGAUAUGACAACCAGCAGGUGAGGCCACGCGUGCUAGAACCGGCGACCCCUGGUGUUGACGGAGGGCGUGCACCUGUUAUCGCGCUUGCACGGUGAAUUUUUUGGCGUCAGGACGCGGCGUUCAAGUCGACGAUUAUUUUUUGUGUGGAUUACGACAAGUUUUUUCGACCGUCGGCUCGCGUACUGUGGUGGGGUUGCCGCGGAGUUGCUCCUCGGUCUGUCGUAACGCGACGUGGCGUUAUUGAAGAAUGAUGGAACAGGGUUUAUUAUUUUUUCUAAACUUACGGAUGGCGCCGCCACCGUCGUCGCAUACUUAAUUGCGUAUAAUUUAAAUUAUGAGAGAUGCCGAUGAUGAUUAUGAUGACGAUUUUUCGUGAUGAAUUUCGAUGGUGAAACGUCGUGCGCGCACAAGGGACAGUUUUGUAAAUAUGCGUCGUGUACAAUUUGAAUCGUGCCUAGUGGUUUUUUGUGGCUGUCGCACACACCUUAGCUUAAUUCUCGCGUGGUAGGUUGUACUGUAGAUUAGAACGGAAAUAGAUUUGAUGUUUAUAUACGUUUAUAACCGAGUAACCUAGUGUCCAAUCAUGACGGAGUAUGAAAUAUAGAUGCAUAAAUAAUCAACA